AGUCCAGUGUAUCCUACACUGUUUCAUCAACCUUUAUUUCUCUCCGCAUAGUAUCUUUUUUUUUCUUCUCAUGGCAGAUCCGUCCUCACAGACAGGGUUGCUCCGCUCCUUGCUGCUCUGCUUCGUUUUAGUCUCUAAGCUUUCCCAGUCUGUUUCUGUGGUGGUGGUCUUUAAUGGAGUUUCGGAGCGGAAAAACUCAACUGUUCUACUUGUUGGAGACACCAUCAUUUUCCGGCACCACAAUCUCUUCAUUUUCAAGAACCAGAGAGCUUUCAAUGCCUGCAAUUUCACUCUGGCCGCUCUUCUCCCCAAAUCUAACUCCAAAAAUUAUACUGCUUGGCACGCGGUGCGCAAGGGUUUCUUCUACUUCUCAUUUUCCGACGGGUCUAACAAUACGGCGUGCUUGAAAGGCCAGAAGCUAGCAAUUGAAGUAACCCCGUCACCGCCGGGACGUCCUGCACCUUCACCAGGUGGAUCUCCGCCGUUUCUUGCAGGCGUCGGAAUAGCGCCCUCGUCUCCGUGGGCUCGAGGGAAGGCGGGUUCCCCUGCAUCGGCUCCGGUUGGUGCGGCUAAAAAUGAUGGCCCGGUCAUGGUCCCGGAAGAAGGCGGCGGCCAGACACCGUUCAUCAAGAGUAACCCGGCUGUGCCUCUCCCGACCGGCGAAGUGGAUUCUGCAACUAUUUGCACUUUGCCCACUUCAGGUCACCCUCAAGAACGGGCGGCGGGGGCUUUGACCGUUCAAAGAGCUUUUUUCUCUGCAAUUUUCUGGAUGAUUAUAUCAUGAAAAGCUGCGCGCGCUGAUUAAAGAAAGAGAAAGAAAGAAAGAGAGGCGAAGGAUUAUGGAAUGGGAUUUGGGAUGGACGAAAAUACAUAGUGGAUAUUACUUCAUCCGUCUCACUGUAUUUGUCCAGUUUGACUUUUUCGAGUUAAAUCGAACAAACUUUGAGCUUCAAUUAAAUAAGAACCGUAAUGUAUUUUAACAUAAAAAUGACUUUAUUUGAUUUAUCGUAUUGAGAACUUUCAAAAUUGUAUUUCAUUAUGCUAAUAUGCAAUAUAAAUUGAGACUAAUUGGAGUUCAAAGUUUGUUCAGUUUGACUCGAAAAAGUCAUACUAGACAAAUGUACUGGUACGAAGG